AUGCUUUAUACCUCUGCAAUAUAUCUCUUGAUGAUUGGACAAAUUAUCGCUGUGAAAAUGAGACAUUUGGAAAAAUCCUCACUCGAGACUCGCCUCAGGGAGCUCCUGGACCUCCCUCCCCUCCCUGAACGCUCGCUAGUCCUCCGGGAAGACAACCAACAGGAUGCAGAGGAUCAAAGCGUGCCGGAAAUUCUCGAAAACUCUCCCUUCGAACGUUUCAAUCCCAUAGAUAGAGACUCUAUAACGACUGAAAAUAUACAAGCUACUACAAUGGAAGAUGAAGACAUUUGGGAGGGGAGAUUGGAUAGGAAAAAAAUCGAAAGAUUGAGAGCAAAAUUCAAAAGUCAUAAAAUUAUGAUUUCGUUGCCGGUUGCCUGUGUCAUCAUUAUUUGCACAGUGGUAAUCACCAGUUGUUGCACUUUAUACCUCAGAAGUCGAAUUGUUGGAUGUAUUGCUAUGAUUAGACCAAAGAAGAAAUUGAAUAAAUAUCUGGAUAUCGACCCAGAGGUUGGUAGACGUCUCACAAGAGUAAAAUUACUGCAGCAGAAGCCACCAUCCUUGGCGGUUCCCCGUGCACGAUCAUUAUCCUACGAUUAUGUUCACGUCGCGACGCAAGGCAGUACACCAAGUGUGGAUAACACAGUAGAUACAGCUCCCACCGGAUGUUACACCUGCUGCAAGAAGAAAAAAAAGGGGAAGAAGCGAAAAAAAUGA